GCAUUGUUUCGGUUCUUGGCCUGUGGGGGUGUGUCAUUGGUCUGCUUUCCACAACUUUACUUCCGCAAACUAUUCCCGUACGAAACGUCGCUGUUUUAUGGAACAAGUGUCCGUAUGUCAGUCACUUCUUUUUAAGUUAUUGGGUGAAAGGAAGUUGAGAGAGACGGAAAACGUCUUCACCAAAUAUGUGGAGUCCCGUAACACGCAUUACGGUGGAAUAUGAGGCGGUGAAUGAGGAGGGCAGCUUCUCCUGCGGGGACGAGCUGUCCGGCCGCGUCCUGCUGCUCCUGUCCAAAGACACCAAGAUAAAGGACAUCUGGGUGAAAGCGAGCGGACAGGCUUCGGUACAUUGGAGCGAGGGCUCCGGCGAUGACCAGAGAACCUACAGUGCCACUGAGAAGUACUUCAAGCUCAAGCAGCAGGUUGCUGGUCCGGAGAAGGGUAAAAAGAUUGUCCUUGCCGCUGGGAGCCAUGUUUUCCCGUUUACAUUUCAGAUUCCCCAAGGGAACAUGCCAUCUUCCUUUAAAGGAGCUCAUGGAAAAGUGGAGUACAAGCUGGAAGCAAAGCUGAGCAGGUCUUGGAGGUUACCGAGUAAUGCAGCCUCCGAGUUCACCUUUGUUUCGAAGCCAGAGAUGAGCUUGGCUCAGCUGAUGUCACCCCAGCAGGGCAAUGUCACGAAGAAGAUGAAGGUUUUUACCUCUGGAAAUGUCACCAUCAGCGUGAAUAUGGAGCAGAUGGCUUAUUGGCCAGCUGAAGGAUCAAAGGUCACAGUGGAUAUUCAGAACAACUCUUCUCGUGACCUCGCGCCCAAGGUCGCCGUGGACCAAGUCCAGAGUUUUUUUGCUGAAGGAAGCCGAAACAUCUCUUCACAUCGCGUCCUGAAGCAUGUGGGGGAGCCCAUUCCUGCAAACACACAGCAGACGCUGACUCUCGUGCUGAAGCUCCCCCCAAAUCUGCCGGCCUCCAUACCCAACUGCGGAAUCAUCAGAGUGGAGUAUUUCGUCAAGGUUUACUUGGAUGUUCCCCUUGCUAUAGACCCAGAGGUCAAGUUACCGUUGGUCAUCCUUCCAGCUGAACUGAGCACAGGAGCAUUUCCGUACCAAACUGCCCCUGGGGCUGCUCCAUUUCCAACUGCCCCUGGAGGAUUUCCAUAUAAACCCCUCCCAGGUGCUGAUGCACCACUAACUGCCCCGGGAGGAUUUCCUUAUCAACCUUCCCCAGGUGCUGUUCCACUCAUAACUGUCCCAGGAGGAUUUCCUUAUCAACCUUCCCCAGGUGCUGUUCCACUCAUAACUGCCCCAGGAGGAUUUCCUUAUCAACCUUCCCCAGGUGCUGCUCCACCCAUAACUGCCCCAGGAGGAUUUCCUUAUCAACCUGCCCCAGGUGCUGCUCCACCCAUAACUGCCCCGGGAGGAUUUCCUUAUCAACCUGCCCCAGGUGCUGCUCCACCCAUAAUUGCCCCAGGAGGAUUUCCAUAUCAGCCUCCCCAAGGGGAACCUUAUACAUUUCUAUCCUAUUCUAGUCCAGAUGCACCACCACCUUAUGAUAUUUUGGGUCAGCAUUCACCCCAGUCUUUUCCAGGUGCCCCUCCAUCCUACAGUGACGCAAUUAAAUGUCAGCCCCCAACUGCCCCAGGUUGCUCUCUACCCCAAAUGCCCCAGGGUGCAUAUCCACUUCGAGGAGCCCUGAAUGCUCCCCAGGAUGCAUUCAAAAGCUUCCCAUCCUCACAUGAUUCUUCAGGAAAAGGACCAAUCUAAUGCAGAACAUAUUCUAACUGAUACCAUACUGGGUAGGUUACCUAAGGGAAUGGUGCAUUAACUAAGGACCACUGAUACCAUACUGGGUAGGUUACCUAAGGGAAUGGCGCAUUAACUAAGGACCACUGAUACCAUACUGGGUAGGUUACCUAAGGGAAUGGUGCAUUAACUAAGGACCAGAGGUUAAGGGAAGUGCCACAGUUCCACAGAAGAUAAACUACAAAAAUGUAUAUUGAAAUGUGUGGGUCUAUUUUUACUUUAUGAUUGUGGAAAAUCAAUAAUACAUUGGUCAUUCCUGUAUUACAGUGACUUUUUUUGUGCCUGUGAUUUAUGUAUUAAUAUUUUCUAUAAAAUUAGUCAGAUAUUUAUAUCAAGUGGCUUAAAUGGUGCAUUUAGGUCUGCUAGAGAUAGCAGACAUUAAAAUUCUAUGUUGUAUAUUACACACCUUUUAAAUUGAUAUAUGUAUUCAAUGUUAUCAUGUCGUCUAACCAUACAUACAAAUCGGAUGAAUCCAGAGCUAUUUUUUUUACCAUUUUCUUCAUUAGCUGCGUGUCCCUUAAGUCAUCUUCCCCCCUCUUGGUCUUUAUCUUCUCACCUUCUAAAAAAGGCUACAGUUGCUUUAAGAUAAUUUUCAGGUCACAUCUUUGUUUUUUUCUCAGCAGGAAUUUCACUGUGCAAACUGAGGUGAACUUCAACUAUCGUGCCAUUUUCUGUUUCGUUUUUGAAAUGUUAUGCUGCUUGUCACACACGUAAAGUUCCACCCUACUAGGCUGCUACGAAGAAAGUUAGUCCAGUCAAAAGAAAUUAAAACAAAUCUGACUUGGUUAUAAAAGUUCCAUUCAUCUGUAGUAGGUUAGCUAGCCAAAUGUUAAUCAAGAGCUACGGUGGACUUACCUCAAUUUUCCACCGAGUUAACAGGGUUGAUUGUGAGCACAUCAGGGUGGAAAUUCAAAUAGAAUAAAUUGUAUUUUAUGUAUAUUGAAAAUGAUAUUUGUUAGGAAAUGGUAGCACCUCAUCACAGCUGAGUGGCAGUGACAUGCUUAUUUAUUGUUUGUUAAUCCUUGUUUGUUAUGUAAGUUUUCGUUACUGACCUGAAAUGUCCAUGUCUGUCAGACCCACAAGUUUGUUGGUUUUUAUAAACAAUAGACCCUUGGCAGGUACUGUCUUCAGCACUUAUGAAGGUUUGUAUCUAUCUGUCUCUACCUCUGCUGGAUGCUCUGACUGGAAAAUGCCUCACUUGUUUUUGUGCCAAAAUGUUGAGAAGUGAAUUAUAAUUACACGAUGAAUCACAGUAUCUUCAUUUGUAAUCAAAUAGAAAUGAAACGCAAUUUCUUCUGUCUGUGCCUUCUAAUGUGUACUUCUUUCCCUAAGCCAUCCACACGGGGACUUGUGGCCCCUCGUCAUCGUGAUUGAUUGUGAUCAGGAACAUCGCGACUAAGGUUCCCCGUUCUCAGUUUGUGCAACACUAGGAAAUCUGUAAAUCAUUUGGUUGUUUUGAGACAUUUUUAUAUAGGUGAGGUUUGACACGUGAUGGAUGGUGAAGCGUGCAGGACAAUGAAGGAAAACUCCUCUCCUGGUAGAACCUGCUAAUGUUGCUGUUUCACCCGGUUAGACAACAAUAAUUUGGUAGCACCAUGAAUCAUUUUGCACAUUUUUGUGUUGUUUUGGGUGGUGAGGAGCAUUACCAGCAUGUGCAAAAGUCUGGUGGUAUUUACCGUCCUGUCAGUAAAGAUGGGUGCAAAAAAGCACUGCUUCUUAAUAAAGGCAUAUUCUAUUAAUUA